AUGCCAAUUUUUUCAAAAAAGUUCGAUACAAAGAGUAUACCACAACGGAGCAAACGAGAUGGCAGUUCUGCACAGAUUCAAGAGAAACUGGACGAUUUUCAAGUGAUUCAAUUAAACUUGACGAAUAAAAAGAAGUUAAAAUUCGUCGAUGGCAUGUGGAUUGUAACUCAGCAACCAGGAGACGCCGACGACAUUACCGCGAUGCGAAAACGUUUGCAAAAGCUAGAAGAGGAGAAUAAUUUGAAUCAAAUCAAAGUCGAUAUACUACUCGAUAUGCUCACCGAGAAUUUAUCCGAAUUAAAAAUACUUCGUGAUAAAUGAAUUGUAGAAAACGCAUAAGAUAACGAAUAAAAUGAUUUUGAAGAAAUUUUCUCAUUUAAACUAAAGAAAUGUUGUGGGUGCUUUUUUUCUUCGUUCUUGUAAAGCGAUCGGUGAUCAAAAUAUUCAUAUUCCUUUUUUCAUUGCAAAUAAGCGCAUUCUAAUAGUUGUUCAAUUUGCUUGUGAACAUUCCACAUUCUUCUGUUGUUGUUGUUUUUGUUCCGUCUUUGUUUCAGCAGAAAUGAUGAAAUAUCAACAAAAAUAAUUGCUGACUGUUAACCAAGCGGGAAUAUCAUGCGUGUGCAUUUCAGGAGGAACAACAAAAAAUGGACAAGUGUGCCACGACCGAAAACAAUUUGCAAGCAACGGCAAAAAAAAAAUUAGCAUCGCACCAAGCAAUUCAAUGUCAGGUGUUAUCUAGUACUUUGAUUUGUGCAUCAUAAACACAAAACUCACCAAUAUUCAGAUGCAACACCAAAUACCGUAUUCAAUGCCAACCCGAAAAAUUCAUAUGUAAAUAUGUUUACACUAUUUUGUUGCUGUUGCUAUUGCUGGUUCUGUUGUUUCAGCGAUGAAAUGACAACGACAGAUGGCGUUGGUUGGAUUUUUUGUAUACGUAAGUUUGGAAUUGCAGAGAAAAAAGUCAUUAGUUUCGUGUCAAAAUACAUUCUCUUUUGAGCGAUUUGAUUCAUUCGUCAUUUAAAUCGAACAUUAGCCAAAUCGGAUUGAAAGUGGCCAAACAAAGCAGCUGUAGCAACGAAAGCAAUAUAGCCAACACGAGAAAUACACAGUGCUGUUUUUUGUUCGUUUCCUGGCCACAGUCAACAUAUUCUGUGAUCAAAAUUGAAUUAUUUUUUCAUUCUGCUUUAAAUAUUUUGAUAAGAAUAUCUUGCGGGUGAAUUAAUUUCAUUGAUGUUACGGAAAACCACUUUAUCUACAAACAGCUCAAUACACACAUAGCUGAGACGGGGAGACAGAGUGAGAAAGACAGAGAGAGAGAGAAAGAAAAUUAUUUACAAAAAAACACACCAUACGAUCCAGCACAUUCAAAAAACAAUGAGCAAUUGGGCAUUCAUCAAAAUUGGAGAAAAUUCGAGAAAAUUCCAGACAGAUAAGAAUUUAAAGUGAACUGAUCCGGGCUGGUUGCAGCUGAACCGAUCCGGGCUGGUUGCCGCUGAACCGAUCCCGUGCUGUCAUAACAUUGAAAUGUCAAAUCAUCUCGCAGCUCAAAAUAAACUCUGUACACAGCACCUUAUAACCGAAUCACAAUUUUCAUUGGACUCAGCGAGAAUGAGUACUUUGUGGAAAAAAUAUGGACCGGUCCUUGUUCUGGUGCCGGCUAUAGUUGGCAUUCAUUACGGCUGGUUUUUAUUGCAACAAAAUGAAAAAUUAGUGCCAAAAGAUCAACAAGUCAAAGAACAACCCAUU